AAAAAAAGUAGGAUAGCAAAUAGCUUAAAAUAAUAAAAGAGAGAAACAACACAAAUAUGGCAGUCUUACCAUAUGAAACUACGGCGGAUUGCAAAAUGUAUGAGGGGAUUCUUAGACUCGCUUUCGACCUUGAAAACCCGCACAAUAUUGGACUUCGACUGUAAUCCGCUUUCAUUUCCUUGUUAUUCAUAUUCUUUCUUUUUUGUGGGUAGUUUGAUCUUGUUUCCAAUCGAAUUGGAGAACUUUCCCCUGCAAAUAUCUCAGAUCUGGGAUCUCCACUUGCUUUUGGAUCGCCCUUGAUCGGUUCAUCUCUCGUUUGAUUCUUCUGGGUGUGACGCGAUCCACUGGGAAAAUGCCGGUGGCUGCUUCUGCUAUCUACUUCUUGAAUCUCCGUGGCGAUGUUCUCAUCAAUCGUCUCUAUCGUGAUGAUGUCGGGGGGAACAUGGUGGAUGCUUCCGGGAUGCAUAUAAUGCAGACGAAAGAACUUGGUACCUGUCCAGUGCGGCAGAUUGGGGGAUUCUUCUUUUAUAUGAGAAUCAGCAAUGUCUAUAUUGUAAUUGUUGUCAGCAGCAAUGCGAAUGUAGCUUGUGCAUUCAAAUUUGUGGUUGAGGCUGUUGCAUUGUUUAAAUCAUACUUUGGUGGAGCUUUUGAUGAAGAUGCCAUUCGCAAUAACUUUGUUCUUAUCUACGAGUUGUUGGAUGAAAUCAUGGACUUCGGUUACCCACAAAAUCUUUCUCCUGAAAUUCUGAAGCUUUAUAUUACUCAGGAGGGUGUGCGCUCACCAUUCUCAUCCAAGCCUACAGAUAAGCCUGUACCCAAUGCAACAUUACAAGUUACAGGUGCUGUUGGUUGGCGAAGGGAGGGCCUUGUUUACAAAAAGAAUGAGGUGUUUCUGGAUAUUGUGGAGAGUGUUAAUCUUCUCAUGUCUUCAAAAGGCAGCGUUCUUCGAUGCGAUGUAACUGGGAAGAUUCUUAUGAAAUGUUUCCUUUCUGGAAUGCCUGAUCUGAAGUUGGGUUUAAAUGAUAAAAUUGGCCUUGAGAAGGAAUCACAACUUAAAUCCCGCCCUACAAAAAGGUAUCGUAUCACUGAAGGUGUUAAUCUUCCAUUCCGAGUCUUGCCAUCAAUUAAGGAGCUUGGCCGUACACGAAUGGAAGUAAAUGUUAAAGUGAAAAGCGUAUUUGGUGCUAAAAUGUUCGCACUUGGGGUUGUUAUUAAAAUUCCCGUGCCAAAACAAACAGCAAAAACAAGUUUCCAAGUGACAUCAGGUCGAGCAAAGUAUAAUGCAGCUAUUGAUUGCUUGGUUUGGAAAAUAAGAAAGUUUCCUGGACAAACUGAGCCUACACUGAGUGCAGAAGUUGAGUUGAUUUCGACAAUGACUGAAAAGAAAUCCUGGACAAGGCCACCAAUUCAAAUGGAGUUUCAGGUUCCCAUGUUUACAGCAUCUGGUUUACGAGUCCGUUUCCUCAAGGUGUGGGAGAAGAGUGGUUACAACACAGUAGAGUGGGUUCGUUAUAUUACGAAAGCUGGUUCAUACGAGAUUAGGUGCUAGAAACAUGGCGUCUUUUGUGGGAGUUUUUAAGUGGAUUUUGCUUGGGGAUGGAGUCAUUGAUCAGGUCUAUAAGGUGAACAAGCCUCCAAUACCCCUUAAACAACGCAGCAACUUAUUUUGAUGUCUCUGUGGUUACUAAAGAAAAUUUUUAUUCUUAAUAGGGAUUUGUCAAUGUGAUAAUUUGAAAUGAAUAUUGAUUGUGGGCUUCUUCUUUUUUUCUUCAUUCUUUUCCUUUUUGUAAAGUUUAGUUCCGAAAAACUUUACUUUCCAUGAUUGUUUCUUGCAUAUUUCUGUAGCUAUAUAUAUCGUGUUGUAACCUGAACAUUUGUAGUGAAAAUGAGUUAUGAGUGUGUUGUGAUAGGGAUUUAUGACAAUAAUUGAAGCAUUGGAACUGGUGCACUUCUUUA